GAUCCUUUCUGCCAGUCCCGACCUCUAACACCUAUUCGAUAACCUCUUCUGCUUCGCUGCAUCACUUUCUUAUCUUAUUUUAUUCAAUUCAAUCCUACUCAAAGCCUUAAAAUUAUGAAACGAAACACUGGUAGGGACUUGGCUGCAUUAAGGCCUAACUAUGGUAUUUUUUUGGUCCAAAAAUCAGAGUAACUUCCGAUGAAACGGUAAAACCUGUCACUCCGACCUAUUCCAUCCAGAAUAAGCACGAGUUCAAAGCAGAAUAACCCCCCCAACGCCCAAGGAUGAGGAGAUGUUUCCCCUUUAGAAGAUCCUUCUCUUCCCUUAUCACUCAAACCCACCACCCCCACCACAUACUCCGAAACUCCGCUUCCGUCGCUUCACUUCUCCAACGCUUCAUCGACUCUGAUUCCCCUUCCAACGGUCGAACCAUCCACGCCCACAUCCUCGAAUCCGGUUUCCGCCCCAGCACCAGCGUAUCCAUCAAGCUCCUCAUCCUCCACAUCAAAAGCGGCUGCUUGCACAAUGCACGCAAGGUGUUCGAUCAAAUGCCGAGCCCGACCCUCUCGGCUUAUAACUAUCUAAUCGCCGGGUACUUCAGAGAAGGCUCUGUCGAAGAGUUACUACUGCUCGUUCGAAAGCUUGUGUUUUCGAAUCAAAAGCCCGAUGGGUUUGCGCUAUCGAUGGUCCUGAAGCUCUCUGCGACCUCGGUUUCGAUCAAUCUAGCUAGAGAGGUUCACGCCCACAUCGUCAAAUCGGCGUUCGAGCAUGAUGAUGUCCUGUUUUCUGCUUUGAUUGAUUCGUAUGUGAAGAAUGGAAAAGUGUGCCAUGCAAGGAAUGUAUUUUUUAUGAUGUCGAAGAGGAGCAUCGUGUGUUCGACCGCGUUGAUUGUUGGUUAUAUGAAUGAACGGUUGUUCGGAGAUGCUCAAAAUAUGUUCGAUAAUAUGUUAGAAAAGGACGCAGUCGCUUUUAAUGCGAUGAUCGAAGGAUAUAGUAAAACAUUGGAAACUGCGGGAGGUUCGCUAGAAGUAUACAAGACAAUGCUGCGGCUAAACUUUCGGCCGACAAUUUCUACUUUUGUUAGCUUGCUUGGAGCUUGCUCUCUCUUAUCGGCAUUGGAAUUCGGAGAACAAGUUCAUUGCCAAGUUAUAAAGAACAACUUGUUCUCGCAUAUUAAGUCAGGGAGCGCGCUUAUAGAUUUUUAUUCCAAGUGUGGAAGAGUUGAGGAUGGACGGAAAAUCUUCGAUCACAUGGAAGCAAAGAAUGUUUUCUCUUGGACAUCGAUGAUAGAUGGGUACGGAAAGAAUGGUUUCCCUUUUGAAGCUCUCGAACUUUUCGAUGAAAUGAUGGGAGAAAGUAGUGGCAAGCCCAAUUACGCGACAUUUUUGAGUGCUUUAUCGGCCUGUGGGCAUGCAGGGUUAGUAUCGAGGGGCCAAGGAAUAUUUCUUAGUAUGGAGAGGGAGUAUUCUCUUAAACCAAGGAUGGAACACUACGCUUGCAUGGUCGAUCUGCUGGGGCGCACGGGAAGUUUAAACGAAGCCUAUGGCUUUAUCAAAGGGAUACCCGAGAAGCCGAACUCCGACGUGUGGGGAGCGCUUCUUGGAGCAGCUCGGCUUCACGGGGACGUAGAGAUGGCUAAUAUUGCAGCUAAAGAGGUGUUUGAGUUGAGUAGAGAUGGGAGGCCCGGAGCGUAUAUGGCUUUCUCGAAUACACUUGCGGAAGCCGGAAAAUGGGAAGGUGUAAACAAAGUUAGGGAGUUGAUGAAAGACAGAGGGGUUGCAAAAAAUACUGGUCGCAGCUGGGUUGGGACGGAUAACCGGUUAUGUUCGUUUCGUGGGGGCGAAUUGAGAAUCGAAGAAAAUGAGUUCUCAUAGAACAGCAGUAGGUAAGAUUGGUACUGUGAAGUGAAAAUGAUUUUUGUAAGGGAGAAACCUCAGAAGGGUAAUGCUGUGCGCAUCAACAUUCUCUGUAACUUACUGUAACUCUGUAAGUUGACAUGGAUUUUUAUCCAGUGAGAACUCUCUGGCUUAACCAUGUUCAGGAAUUCAGACACAUGAUUCAAACUGUGCGCUUGCAAAA